CAAUUCCCUGACAACAUGUCCAUACACGCCGUCCUGUUUUCAGCCCUGAAUAUAAGCCUGCUCUCCUCACGUUUACCUGUGACUCUUUGCACCUAUCUGUAUCUCGAAAACAAGCACUACCUCAGCUUUUAUUUUUACACGUCUCGACCCACAGAAUUGACAAUGAAAUACAAUAACGCCGAGGACAUCAUGAAGACUCUGCAAGAGGCCCCGGUGGCCAGGAAAGCUCUGCUGGACAACCACAUCAAUCUCAACAAGGUGGCUGACUACUGCGAAGACAAGUAUUUAAAUGCGGAGGACACAACGAAAGCACUGGAGGAAUCCAAAGCUCUCACCAAUCAGGCCCUGGCCAACGUCGCCUACCAAAUCCACACGCUGGCAGCGAGUGUAUUAAGACUGCUGGAUGCCCACACCAUUCAACUUAUGCAGAUGGAAUCAUCAGUCAAUAUUCUAAGCAUGACGGUAAGCAUGUACAAGGAGAAAGUAGUGCGGCAGGAGAUUGGUGUCCUGACUGCUCCUUGCAAAAUCCCAUACGUUCAGAAGAUAGUUCCUCCAGCAAGACCUGAAGAACCCAACACUGAAUAUGAGCGUGUCCCAAUAUCCUACACCAGUUUAGACUCAGUUGGACAUGGAGUCUGGGACAGAACCAAAACUGCACCAAAGAACCAACCUGAACCACAGACAACUAUCCAACAACCAAGCUCGCAAGAAGGAGGCCAACAUUUUGUUUCUGGCAUUGGCAUUGCCGUUCCUCCACCUUCAGUUCCCAACUGGGUUGGUUUAAAAACCACAGCUUCUUCAGCCACACCAGUCUCCUCCAUGCCACAGCCUCAGAGUUUCUACAAUGAUACUCCACCACCACCUCCUCUUCCACCUGCUAGUGAUACUGAUGGCUUUCCACCUCCAUCACCACUUUUUCCUCAAAGUAGUUCAAUAUCUGUAACUACACCAUCCCGUUCUCCAUUUACAUCUCCUAUUACAGACUUAUUUUUACCACCACCCCCAACUACCCAGUCUGACUUCAUGGCUCCUCCACCUCCUCCUCCUGCCAAUUCAAUGCCAACUCUUUCGUUUGAAGAUUCUUUCCCAGCUCCACCACCUGCACAUCCAGAGUAUGUCACCAUGGCUCCACCACCCUCUCCAUUUACGCCUCCUCGUACUGGAAAGGGUCAUGUUGCACCACCUCCUCCAAUUCGCUCUACUCCUGGUGGGGGAAAUGCUCCUUUACCUCCUCCUCCUCCUCCUGGACAGAAUAAUGCUCCACCUUCUCCUCCACCACCUUUAACUACUGCUGGAAAAGCCUUCAUUCCUCCUCCUCCUCCUCCUGGACAGAGUAAUGCCCCACCCCCUCCUCCACCACCUCCAACUACUGCUGGAAAAGCCUUCAUUCCUCCUCCUCCUCCUCCUCCUCCUCCUCCUGGACAGAGUAAUGCCCCACCUCCUCCUCCCCCACCUACAGCUACUGCUGGAAAAGCCUUCAUUCCUCCUGCUCCUCCACCACCACCAUUUUGAAUCCUGAAGCUGAUCUUACCUAAGAUAUUAUUGGGAAACCACUAAUAUCAAAACCGCUACUGUGUUCUCCAGACAAUAGCUGUAACAUUUCAGUGUUAUAUAUACCACAUUAAUAUACCAGGCUCAAGUGUAUCUUGCCAUAACUGCUAAAGUAACAGGGUUGUAGUAAAUAUCUAACAAAUGGAACAAACUUUCACAUCUGCUGAAGCAACACACCAACUUUAAAAAUGAAAAAAGUAAUAUAGAUUGUAUACUACUCUAAUAUAAAAAUGUACUCUAUAUGGCCAAACCUACAUGGACAUCUGACCUUCACACACAUAUGUGCUUGUUGAACAUCACAUUCCAGAGUUAGACCUCUUUAGUGCAUUAACAGCAUCUACUCUUCUGGGAAGGCUUUUGAAGCAUGGCUCUGGGGAUUUUUGCCUAUUCAGUAGAUGGUGUUCCAGUUCAUCCUAAAGGUGUCCAGUGAUGUUGAGGUCAGGGCUUAAUGCUUCAGCCUACAAACACAUUCUAUACAAUUGUGUGCUUCCAAUUUUGCUGAAUAGCUGCAGUAACUACUGCACUUUUUUUUUCUAACUACAGUGUUAGAAUGCUGAACCCAUUAAACCCAUCCAAUAUCACACAAAAUGUGUAAGUUUUGCUAGAUUUUAUAUAAAUUAAGUCAUAACAAAAGGUAAAAUCACUAACCAGUCCCCUCAACCUAUAGGAGUUAGCCUUUGUGAAUUCUUACUGUACACUAUAGAUAUUUGUAAGACCAUGAUGACUAAAAUGUAUUCUACGUGUAAUGUUGAAAAUAUCUAUGACUUGGUUUAGCUAUACUAAUGAUACCGUUUCUGAGAUGUUGUAUUAUAUAACAAAGAUAUAAAAGAUUUAUAUGACAUGGUUAACUAAUCAACUUGUAGGUCACACUACAAAGCAUUAUGUGCUUACAAUUUAAGUAGAAUUUAUAUCAUGACAUGACUUUGGUAUAUUAAAUAAAUUUGCAGAUAACUAAUCUCAUGAUUAUUUCAUUUGCACUUAGUGUGUAACUAUAGAUAUAUAUCCAUUUAGCCAUAGCCAUAUUUUUACUGAAAAAUAAUUGCAAAAAAAUGAUACUAUUAACCAAUUAAAGAAUAGUGUUACAUUUUAUAUACGGUGCUGUGAAAAAGUAAUUCUGAUAAAUCUGAUAUCUUCUGUUUUUGUGUAUAUCGCAUGUUAAUAGUUUUAGAUCUUCAAACUAAACACAACAUAAAACAAAGGCAACCUGAGUAAACACACAAUGCAGUUUUUAUUUACUUAUUUAUUUAAUUAAUUUAAGAAAAGAAAAAAAGUAAUCCAACACCCUAUCACCCAUGUGAAAAACUAAUUGCCCCCUAAAACUUAAAAUCUGGUUGUGCCAUCUUUAGCAGCAAUAACUGCAACCAAACGCUUCCGAUAACUGGAGAUCAGUCUUUCACUUACUUCUAGGACUAGGAUUUACUCCUACACUUUGGAUCAUUGUCUUACUGCAUAAUCCAGUUGCGCUUGAGUUUUAAUUUACAAACUGAAGACCGGACAUUCUCCUUUAGGUUGUUCUGGUAGAGAGCAGAAUGUUUCAUGUUUCACUCAAUUAUUGCAUGUUGCCCAGGCCCUGAAACAGCAAAGCAUCCCCACACCAUCACAAUUCCACCACCAUGCUUGACUGUAGGUAUGAUGUUCUUUUUGUGGAAUUCUGUGUGUGGUUUACUCCAGAGGUAACAGGACUUCUGUCUUCCAAACAGUUCCACUUUCGACUCAUCAGUCCACAGGACAUUCUCCCAAAAGGUUUGAGGAUCAUCAAGGUGUGUUUUGGUGAAAUUCAGAAGAGCCUUAAUGUUCUUCUUGGUUAGAAGUGAUUUUUACCUCAACACACUUCCAUGGAUGCCAAUUUUGCCCAGCGUCUCUCUGAUAGUGGAGUCAUGAACAGUGACCUUUAUUGAUGCAGGAGAGGCCUCCUUUGAUGUUGUCCUUGGCUCUUUUGUGACUUCCUUUGCUGUGCUCCUGGAGGAAUUUUAGAAGGUCGGCCACUUCUGGGAAGGUUCACUACUGUGCUGAGUUUUUCCAUUUGGAGAUAACGGCUCUCACUGUAGUCCUUUGGAGUGCCAGAUCCCUUGAAAAAACUUUGUAACCCUUCCCAGACUGAUGUAUUUCAAUCACCUUCUUCCUCAUCAUUUCUGGAAUUUCUUUCAAUUUUGGCACAGUGUGUUACUGGGUAAGACCUUUGAACCAACUUCAUGCUGUUGAGAAAGUUCUAUUUAAGUGUUGAUUUGAUUGAACAGGGUUUGGUGUAAUCAGGCCCAGUUGUGUCUCGUCCAGCUCAACCCCAUUAUGAAUGCAGUUUCGUAGAUUUGGGGAAUUAAUAACUCCGGGUAGUUGGUAUUGGAUAACUUUUUUGCUUCAAUAAAUAACAUUAUCAUUUAAAAACUGUAUUUUGUGUUUACUCAACUUGCCUUUGUUUUAUCUUAGAUUUUGUUUUAAUUUCUGAAACAAUUUAGUAUGAAAUAUACACAAAAACAGAAGUCAGGAUGGGGCAAAAAAUAUAUAUAUAUAUUUUUACAGCACUGUACAUGUAUAUAUUGUUAUCUGGGCUUUAUUUUCCUUCUAAAAAUCUGUUAUUAUCUGCGGUACAAGUGGUUUAAUGUUAAGCGAUAUUCAACUUUUAAGGAUAUGAUCUACACUUAAUUAUUAUAUACUCUACCUAUGCAAUAAUUUAAUACAGGAGUGUUCUGUUACUGUUCUUUACUUUUAACCUUGUGUAUUAAUUGAGUGUUCGACCAUUCUCAGCAUAACAGUCACACUGACAUACAGGCAUGUCUGCCAACCAAAAAUAGACCAUCAACUAAAAACAUCCAGCCCACAGCAUUCCUCUGGUCUGACACUGACCACUGAUGAAGGAUUACAAGAUGGCCACCGCAAAUUAUGCACGGCAACUGUACAGCUAGAGGGUGUGCCAACAUGUGUGUAAUAAAGUAACCAGUAAACCACAACCACAUCAACACUGUUGUGUCCAAAACACUCAUACAAGCGCCACCCACCCACACACACACACACACACACACACACACACACACACACACACACUAUCAUUCCACUGUUAUGUCAGGGUCACUACUGUACUGAGAAUGAAUCAGUAACAUUGCUGGAUGGAGUAGAAGGUGACUGACACAUAGUGCAUAUAAGGAGAUGUACAUAAUAAAGCUAUAUGGAGGAUUUAUAUGCUGACAUGUUACCUAGUAAAUGUCACUUUUAAAUCUCCCAGAUGCACAUUAAGAUACGCAGCGAGUGAACAAUGCCACUUGCGCUACUUCUGUUUCUGUACAUGCACAUAAACUUAUGCGUCAAGUG